AUGAUCUCAAGCGCUGCAACAGCACGCACGUCCAUGGCCUCCAGGCGAGGAGCCACCCACAUCCUCAAGACACUCACCAACAAUGGGCUCAGCAAACCCAGCUUUGGACUGCAUCCAGGAUCGAGUGCUAUCCUAAUCGUAGCGACGCCUUCGCAGCGCCAUCACUUCUCCACCACACCGAAAGAUUCCAAGAUCCACGAAUUCUUCGUCCAAAAAGAGACGGACAAGGUACGCAAGACACCACCGGCAUGGCCCCAUCCCAUCUAUACCUAUGACCAGAUGGAAAGCGUUGUGGUGGCGCAUCGGGAAGCCCAGACCAUGUCCGAUAAGGUCGCUCUUCAAGCCGUCAGGAUCUUAAGGUGGGGACUUGACUUUGCCACUGGGUACAAGCACCAAAAAGCAACAAGCCUGAACGCCAAAGAUCCGGAAGCGGCGAGGAAGAAGUAUGCCAUGACGGAGGAGAAAUAUAUGAUUCGGAACAUCUUUCUGGAGAGUGUCGCCGGUGUUCCUGGCAUGGUAGCCGGAAUGAUUCGCCACCUACACUCGAUGCGACGUAUGAAGCGUGACAACGGCUGGAUUGAGAGUCUUCUUGAAGAAAGCUUCAACGAACGCAUGCAUCUCCUCACCUUCCUCAAGAUGAGCCAACCUGGGUGGUUUAUGCGGACAAUGGUGCUAGGUGCACAGGGAGUUUGGUGCAACGCUCUCUUCUUUGCCUAUCUCAUAAGCCCUCGUACGGUUCAUCGCUUCGUUGGGUACCUGGAGGAAGAAGCCGUCCUCACAUACACGCGCCAGCUUGCAGAUCUCGACGCUGGCCGACUUCCCAAGUGGGAGAAAUUGCAAGCCCCACAGAUUGCCAUCGACUAUUGGAAAAUGCCAGAGGGUAACCGCUCUAUGCGAGACCUUCUCCUAUAUAUUCGCGCCGACGAGAGCAAGCACCGAGAAGUCAAUCACACUCUAGGAAAUCUAGACCAGAUCGAAGACCCUAAUCCCUACGUGAGCGAGUACAAGGAUAGCAGCAAACCGCAUCCGACCAAGGGCUUGAAGUUUCCUCGCCCUACUGGAUGGGAACGAUCGGAUGUAAUCUAGCCUUGUGCCCGGUUUUCUUUCUUUCUCUGGGAUCCUUCGCAGGCAUAGUCCUGAUAUAAUUUCUUUUUCUCCUACCAUAUAUCCUUUCCACUCUCAAAAGCAUCGGCAUGGCGUUUGUUUCUUAGACACAACAACACAGCAUUGAUAUCCACCUUAGCAAACAGGGGUUGUAGGUUAGACGAAUGCAUUCAAAUCAUAUGUCCAUCGUGACGAUCAAUUGCUUACAUUUUCCUUAUCUUUCUCUAGUACCAACGCGGGGGUCCAUGGGCAGCUUCAAGUCUUUCCCUGUGAACGUGACCGACAAUUCAGCUGCCUCCAAACUUCUGAUUAGGCUUUACCUCGCCCUCACUACGUAUAUGAUAGUGAACUUGGUGGAAGCAGGAGCAUUGUGAUCUUUUUUCUUUUGUUUUUGCGAGGAAAUGGUGGUUAUAUUUUCGGCAAUUGGACGGAUCCAGUGUGCAUUGUCUUCCUUUGGGUAUGCGAUAUGGAUCUCCUCUUCUUGCAAAUUGCUGUGUCCAGCUACCUAGGCCCCUCUCAGUGUUGGAACGAUUCAUGGAACGUCAUUUCCGGCUAUUCACUUCCAAGAUACAACUCCAGAAAGAUUGCUGCCGU